AUGAAUAGAGAAAACGCCCAAGAAGAACAAAGAGCUACAAAGAAAGCAAAGAAUAGAGAAAUAGCAAUGGAAGAUAUUGAAGCGAAUCAACCAACAGGGAAUAUACAAACUGAAGAAGGGACUCAAGAAGUUAACGAAGCAAACAAAGAUCCUCCUAAGAGUCCAGAGAGAAUUUCUUAUGUUGCUAUGGUAGCCAGUGGGUCGAACUACAAGAAAAAUCCUCCCGUCAAGAUGCCUGAAGAAGAAAUAGUAUUCCAAGAAGGAGAUAUCAUAAUGGACAACUCUGGAGACUUUCCAAGGAUAAGCUUUUCUAAAAGAAUCCAUGACCUGAUAGAUCAAAACAUGAAGCAAGUUAUCAUUACAAGACUACUGGGAAAAAAGAUCGAGUAUAAGGCGCUGAUAAACAGAAUAUAUGCACUAUGGAAUCCGAUAGGAAAUUUUAACUUGAUCGAUCUUGAGAAUGAUUACUUUUUAGUGAAAUUUGAAAAUAAUGAGGAUUAUACGAGAGUGCUUACAGACGGUCAUUGGAUGAUCUAUGGAAGCUACCUAACUGUUCAACCGUGGUCAAGAAACUUAUCCACAUCUGAAAAGCAUCCUUCCCAAGUAAUUGCUUGGCUGUGUCUACCAGGGCUACCCUACAAGUAUUAUAAUACAAUGUUGAUUAGAACUAUUGCUAAUACCAUUGGAAGAGUUAUCAAAAUUGAUUAUAAUACCAAGGCUGGGGAGAGAGGAAAUUUGCCAGAGUUGCAGUUGUUAUAG